AUGAUCCUGACACUGCUGCUCAGCGUCGGGGGGCCCCUGGGCUGGGGGCUGCUGGGGGCCUGGGCCCAGGUCCCCAGUACCAGGUUCUCCGAUCCACACAGCCCCAGGCCACCUGGGGUCUGGAGGGCAGAGGCUGAGGACGGGGACCCCGUCAGACGUAACUGGUGUCCCUACCAGAAGUCCAGGCUGGUCACCUUCGUAGCUGCUUGCAAAACAGAGAAAUUCCUCGUCCACUCACAGCAGCCAUGUCCACACGAGGCUCCGGACUGCCAGAAAGUGAAAGUCAUGUACCGCGUGGCCCACAAGCCGGUGUACCAGGUCAAGCAGAAGGUGCUGGCCUCCGUGGCGUGGAGGUGCUGCCCGGGCUUUGGGGGACCCGACUGCCAGCACCACGAUCCCAGGGUGAUCCCUGAGCCUGAAGAUCCAGGUGAUAGCCUCCAGGAGCCUUGGGAUGGGCCAGUUGACUUUGAACCUGGCCACCGGGAUGCAGAGAUCAGCAACAUGGUGGAGCAGCAGGAACGCCGGCUGGGAGAUCUCCAGAAUGACAUUCACCAGGUGGCAGACAGCCUCCCAGGCCUAUGGAAGGCCCUGGCAAGCAACCUCACAGGGGCAAUAACUGAGGCAAAUCAGACAGAGCUUGAGUUUCCCGGCAGAUCCUUGGAGCAAGUGCUACUGCCCCACAUCAACACCUUCCUGCAAGGACAUCUCAAUCCCAUGUGGAGAAGCUUCAACCAAAGCCUGCACAGCCUCUCCCAGGCCAUAAGAAACUUAUCUCUUGAUGUGGAGGCCAACCGACAGGCCCUCAAGAAGGUCCAGGAGAGCUCUGUGGCCAGAGCUGACUUCCAGGAUCUUGGUGCCAAAUUUGAGACCAAGGUCCAGGAGAACGCCCAGAGGGUGGGCCAGCUACGGCAGGAUGUGGAGGGCCACCUGCAUGCCCAGCACCUGUCCCUGCACCAGUCCCUCUUGGAGGUCCAGACCGAUGUGGACACCAAGCUGAAGAAGCUCCUUAAGGCCCAGGAGUCCCCGGGGGUCAAUGGCAGCCUGGUCCUGGUGGCAGCAGGGGCAGCAGCGAGGCCGGAACCAGAGAGCCUGCAGGCCAGGCUGGGUCAGCUGCAGAGGAACCUCUCUGCACUGCAUGUGGCCACUGCCCACAGGGAAGAGGAGUUACAGAGCACCCUCACAGACAUGAAGGCUACCCUGGCCCAGCACGUGGAUGAGAUCAAGGAGCUGUAUUUGGAAUCCGAUGACACCUACGAACAGAUCAGCAAGGUAGAGCGGCAGGUGCAGGAGCUUCAGGUGAACCACACAGCGCUGCGCGAGCUGCGGGUGAUCCUGAUGGAGAAGUCACUGAUCAUGGAGGAGAACAAGGAGGACAUGGAGCGGCAGCUCCUGGAGCUCAACCUCACCCUCCAGCACCUGCAGGGCGGCCACGCAGACCUCAUCAAGUACGUCAAGGACUGCAACUGCCAGAAACUCUACUUUGACCUGGAUGUCAUCCGGGAGGGCCAGCGGGACACCACGCGUGCCCUGGAAGAGACCCAGGUGAGCCUGGACGAGCGGCGCCAGCGGGACGGAUCCUCCCUGCAGGCCCUGAGCAGCACGGUGGCCGCCCUGUCGCUGGCGGUGGAUGCGCACCGGGAGGCGGCCGAGCGGGCGCGGGCCGACGCGGCGCGGCUCCGGAGUCAGCUGCGCACGCUGGGCAGCGAGGUGAGCGCGCUGCGGGCCGCUGAGACCGAGAUGAGACGCGAGAUCCGCCGGCUGCACGGCUCCUUCGCGGCCCUGCUGGAGGACGCGCUGCGGCACGAGGCCGUGCUGGCUGCCCUCUUCGGGGAGGAGGUGAUGGAAGAUAUGUCCGAGGAGGCGCCCAGCCCGCUGCCCCUGCGCUACGAGCAGAUCCGCACCGCCCUGCUGGACGCGGCCAGUGGGCUGCAGGAGCAGGCCCUCGGCUGGGACGCGCUGGCCGCGCGGGUGACAGCCCUGGAACAGGCCGUGGGGACCAGCGGGCAGGCCGAGCGCCUGGAGCCCAAUCGGGACGCGUCGCCAGCGGCGGCCGGCGGGCCUGAUCUGGCUGGGCUAGCGCGGGAGCUCCAGCGCCUGAGCUCCCACAUGGAGCGCGUGGGAGGGUGCUGCGAGGCUUCCUGGGCCUCCUCCUUCAACAGCUCCCUCGAGGGCCUUCGCGGGGAGCUCUCCACCACUGAGCGCGGCUUGCAGCGGUACCAGCGCCUCUUCCACAGCCUCUUUGGGAACUUUCAAGAACUCUUGGUAGCCAACGUCAGCCUGGACCUGGGGAAGCUGCAGGCCAUACUGAGCAGGAAAGGGAAGAAGCAGCAGAAAGGUCUGGAAGCUCCCAGGAGGAGGGAACAGAAGCAAGUGGAGUCUUUGGAGGAUGUGCAUGUCAAAGGACCGGUGCUCUGGGAUGCAGGCUCCCCUGUGGCCUUCUACGCCAGCUUUUCAGAAGGGACAGAUGCUCUGCAGACAGUGAAGUUCAACACUACUUACAUCAACAUCGGCAGCAGCUACUUCCCUGAACAUGGCUAUUUUCGAGCCUCUGAGCGUGGGGUCUAUCUAUUUGCAGUGAGCAUUGAAUUCGGUCCGGGGCCAGGCACCGGGCAGCUGGUGUUUGGAGGUCACCGUCGGACCCCUGUCUAUACCACCGAGGAGCAGAGGGGUGGGAGCCCAGCAACGACCUUUGCCAUGGCUGAGCUGCAAAAGGGUGAGAGAGUAUGGUUUCAGCUAACCCAGGGAUCAAUAAUGAAGAGAAGCCCUCCAGGCACGGCAUUCGGAGGCUUCCUGAUAUUCAAGACCUGAGUACCAGGCACAGCUCUGACCAGACAUUGUGGACUUAUCCAGCUCACCUUGGCCUGGGGCUCAGGCCAGGGUUGGUCUGGAGACCAUGCAGUUGGUCUAGCUCUUCCCUGGAAACCUUCUGCAAAGACAACGUGGUAUUUGUGGCCUCCCUCUCGACGCACUGGGUCUGGCUGUUUCUUGACGAUGAGAACGACUGGAAUGCUUCUCUCUGGGCAGGACUUGGUCCGGGGACAUGUGACCCUUGGGUUCGCGUGCCUUCCGAGGCAGCAUGGCUUGGAUUCCUGCUCUUGCCCGUACCCUGUGUUCUAUAGCUUCUUUGGUGUUUUGCUCCUCCUGUGGUUGGAAACUUCCAUAUAACACUUUAAACCUUUCUCUUGCUUCCUCUUCACCUUCAUCUUAUGCUAGAAAAUCAUUCUUUCCUAGAAAUAAUAUGUUUAAAUGGAAGUGACAUUUUGCACAAUAUUGGAAGCCAGUCUCCACCCACUGCAGGGCAGUAGGAGAAAACCAACCUGUUUUGGUAUCUGUCAGUCAAAAAUGGAGACGAAGACCUGGUUGAGCUAACCAAGGGAAACAAACUCAGUAUCUUUUCCUUAGUUUCACUCCUUCCUUGAAUGUAUCUGUACCUUUACUUCUUUUUCUCCUUGCCUCAUGCAGGGUAAAGGCCAAGACAUGCCAAACACCAACUAAAAUGUGUAUAGCCUUCACCUUUUUUGCUUCCUCCAAUAGCUUAUGACCACCCUAGUUCUUAUUAGCAUUUCUAACCAGGAAGGGAGCUGAGGGAAGAGAAGGAAGACUGUAAAAAUCUCCCUCAACAAUUAUCAACUUUGGAAUAAAGUGAAGUCCUUCAGAUCUCUGCCUGGUUUGCAGAGCAAACCAGGAUGGCGAGCAAAAGGAUUUGGUAAAGUAGGUAGAAAUUUGGGACAAAAUCAAACUAUUUGGUGUGUGAUUUUCAUUACUCCAGGCUAUAUGUGACUUCACAAUUCCAGUUAAUCCUACAUAAAACACUCAGAGGCUUCCACAGUAUCCACAAGCAUGCUGGAUUAGACAGUACAGCUUAGAGUUGUGCUUAUUCCUACAAUAUCAAUAUAUGGUUUUCAAAAAAUUACAGGUCCUGACGCAAACAGGCUUGAGAAAGCAGUCAUCUACUUGUCAGGAAACAUUUUUAUUUUGGUAGUAGGUAUUCAGUAUUUGUUGACUAUACCUCUCUCCAUAAGGAAAUCAGAUUGGUGUGGGUGAGGAAAAAGGACAGAGUUGGUUGUCAGGGUUUCCAGCCCUUCUCAUUGUUUCCCUGGGCUAAUGGAUUCAAAGAAUUGUCCCUUAGAAUUUAUUUACCACUAAGCUUGGUGUGCUUGAGGUGCUAAAAUAUUCGUGUUAAAAGGAACAAUAUGCCAGGCCACUCUGCCACUGACGGUUUGACCUUGGGGUAAAUCACGACCUCUCUUGAACGUCUCCAUCUGUAGUAUGAGGUGGUUAGUCUAACAGCUCUAAGUAUCCUGGUAUUUUAUUUUCUUGACCACAGGUUUGGCUCUUGCCUACCUGCCCUUCCCUCUGGCCAGGGCCUCCUGCCCAGUACAGCUCAGCUACAAGACCAAUCCUGACCCAAGGCGUGAUGUAUCUGGGCCACUCCUGACCAAAGGUUGGAAAGCCAGUACCAGGUCACCCUUGCUGCUAGAAAGACAAUGCUGUGUCUUCUUUCUGCUCAGUCCUGCUAUUACUGGUCAGGCUGUACUGAUGACUAAAUGGAAACAUGCGGGUAAUACAGUCUUAUCAUUUAAGACUUUCAUUUGGAAUUUACUGCAUAUAAUAAGCAGAGUGAAUUGAUCUCCUCUGUAACGGGCACAUGUCCUGCAACCCUCAAAUGGCUGGUGCUAUUCAAUAGGGAGGUUAUAAAUGAAAGUGCUAACUGUUACGUAAACUGCCAGCAGCAUGGAUAAGUCACUCCAGAAUUUUCUGGGGUGAGAACUAGAGAGACAAUGGUUCUUUUAAAUAGGGUGCUUUCAAUGCAAAUUUCACAAAACCUUAAUGUCAAGUUUAAGUGUAAAUUUUCUGUUUAAACACUUCAGUAACUAGGACCCCAGAUUAACAAGAAUUCUGAAGUUCAUUUGAUAGAUUUCUUAUCUCCAUUAAUAUCUCUGGGUGGAGAAUCUGUUUGAGUGCCACCCCAAGUAGACCCCCCAUUACCCAGGCAUCCAGAACAAGACAAUGACUGAGCACAGAGUGGUAUCAGACUUUCCCAAACCCGAUGGAAAAAAAAUACACACAAAAAUACUCCAAAAUAUCAUUGAAAAACAAGAAAGAGUACCAUAAGCAGGUCAGGAAAUUUUAGUAAUUCCUGGAAAAUAGGAAGUAGAAGGGAGCAAGUAGAAAAUGGAACAGCAAUAGGAAAUCAUAACUCAAAACAUUUGGGAGAUGGGAGUGAUUUCAUGGGAGCCCCAAACUCAAACUCAGCCCCUAACACACCCGGAGGUGUCCGUGGAGGAGAGGUAGUCAAGGCAGUGGGCAGUCAGUCCCAGCUGCCCCUUGUCUGAGCUAAGCAGCCGGCAGCAGUGGCCUCUGUUUUGAGUUAGAGCAGUGCCUGUCAAUCCCGAGCUCUCAGUUACAGGGCAGCUACUGACACUUGGAGGUAAGAACCUCCCACACCCAGAAGACACAUGUAACCUUAUCACAAUCAAAACUCCCAGGAGUGAAUCUAGAGCUGUCUCCACAAACUAAUAAAUGUCAAAAUAACUCCUUAUUUCAGAAACACCGUGACGAGGAUAUAUGGUCUAUAAAAAAUGCUUCUCAAAACUCCCUUUCCUCUCAUACUCUGAAGCUCCUCUGGUCUCCCAUGACAUUUCUCUCGAAAACAUCACAAACUCCUCUCCCAGCACUAGCCUGAGCACCAUUCCUCUAUCCUCCUUCAUCAAGAAAGUUCCCCCAAACCUGGCCCAACAAUGACAAAACUCUUUUCUGGGGAAGGGGAAAGGUAAACAAGCAGAGUGAGGAAAGCCUGAAUCCUCUUGAGUAGGUAAGAAGAGAGGAAAGGAUUACUUAUUUUUGCUCUAACAGCUAGUCCCAUCACUCCUUGAUAAAAACAGGAAGCCGAGGAACACAGAACUGGGGUGAGCAGGGGUUGACGAAUACACAGAUGAGCAACUACCCCAAACUGCUAAACAUUUGUGGAAAACUAGUCUCAUGGACAAGAGGUUCCAAACUGAACAAACUGAAAACUUUGGAAUAUAUAAACCUAUAGAAACAAUACAGGAAACUGGAAAUGUAAAUUGAUUAUUUGCCACCCAGAUCCUGGUUUCCAAAUAUCAUCCUCCCUAAAAGGAACCAAAGUGCCUUGCAGAAAUGGCUGACUCAAUGGCAGGGGCAAGGAAAGUACCAGAUGAGCUUGGAACAUCUUCAUGUGCCCCAAAGUAAGAAGUGCUCAAAAAUGAUGGGCACAGUCAAAAGGACUCAGGCGCCACCUUGAUGAACUCCCAGUAGCCAAGUCUAGGUCAAUUUGAGCAUCAACACAAAAAAUGACCUAAUAGACUUUAACUUAUUGAAUAAGAGUCCAUACUGAUAAUAAAAAAUAAAAGAGAACAGAAGACUUAUUCCUUGUAGCAGAAUGCCAAUUAAUAAAUGUAAUAAUGGAAUCGGAAAAUCACCACUUUGUAGCCACUGAAUUCAGGUAGAAGUUAUCAACAGGCACGCUAAAACACAGUCUCAAAGUAUCUCUCAUAACAUACUAAUUACAAAGGCAAAACAGUAACUUCACAGUAGGGAAACUAGGUAUCACCUUAAACAAUCGACAAUGACACCAUCAGUAACAAGACACACUGACAAUGUGGCCUCCUGGUGGGAUGCCUUGAGGACACAAACUUCAUGUCCACAAAAUCACUGGCCUUUACUCUAGAAAAUGUUGGUAUAGAAAGAGACAAAGCUGGAGAAUUGUUUCAGAUUAAAGGAGAAUAAGGAAACAGGACACCUAAAUGCAAUGCAAGAUUCUAGGCAGACUCUGGACCAGGAAAAUGUGCUCAAGGACUUUACUGGAACAACUAGCAAAACUUGAAUAAGGUCUGCAGACUAUGGUAUUGCUGAUAAUUGUUAUGGUAUGUUAACUUUCCUGAUUUUGAAAAUUGUACAUAAUUGGUUAUGUUAAUUACCUGAAGUAUUCAGGGAUAAAGAGGCAUGAGCUCUGUAAUUUACUCCAACUAGUUCAGAAAAAAGUAUGUGUAUGUAUGUGUUUGUACACAGACAUUCCAAGAUGAGCCUUUGUAAUUCGUGAAUACACACAGAAUGACAAAGCAAUUGUGACAAAAUGUAAGUUUAUGAAUCUGGAUGAAGGGUAAAUGGCAUUCUUUAUACUAUUUUUGCAACUUUUCUGGAAGUUUGAAAUUUUUUCAAAAUACAAAUAAAGUUAAAAUCUGGUUGUUGAAAUAAAACACUCAGUAG